UGUGAGCGUAGUAGGUAUCGCGGGGGCGGGGAUCGCGAACAACGGCGGCGAGCCUCCGACCGCUCCAUAGCCGGACCGAUGGCGCGACGCACGGUUUAGCUGCUCCUUCGGUUUGAGUUGUGUUGUUUGAAACCCUUGGAAUCUGCUCUUGCGAACAUCUCUUGAUGGUGCUUUCGAAUUAUUCGCUUCUGGUUUCCGGGGUGAGCUUUCUUCUCAAAGCUGUUUUCUGAUGUUGUGGAAGCUGCAGCAGCCAAAUGCCUGACAGCCAACCAGGUUUUGUAGCCUAAUUAGUAGCCAGAGGACCACACAGAGAGUUAUAACUGGCAUCUGCAAGUGCAAUUAUUGGUGUCACAGAGACAAGGAGAGCAUUGCAAAUAAGGAAAAGGAAGCCGCUACAGGUGGAGAACACAGUACCAUGGCAGCAAGCAGUUCUUUUCUGUAUUCUAGUCUGCCUCAGGAGAAGAAGAGACUGUUGAUCUGAAGGUGAAGAUGGACUGUGAUGGCUGUGAAAGGAGAGUAAAGCACGCUGUGAGCUCAAUCAGAGGUGUGACGAACGUGAACGUGAACCGAAAGCAGAGCAGGGUGACGGUCACCGGCCACAUCGAGGCAAAGGAAGUGGUGAGGAAGAUAAAGAGCACCGGAAAGAGGGCGGAGGCUUGGCCUUACGUCCCCUACAGCUUGGUCGCGUAUCCUUACGUCGCCGGCGCCUACGACAAGAAGGCCCCAGCCGGCUUCGUUCGGAACGUGGCGCAGGCGGUGGCGAGCCCCAGUGCGCCGGAGGAGAAGAUCUCGUCGCUCUUCAGCGAUGAGAACCCGAACGCAUGCACUGUGAUGUGAAUGAACUCACGUACUGUUAUCUUCUUGGAUUAGUAUGCACGUAAAUAGGGAUGCAGGCAUGUAUAUAUCCAUGCGUACGUAUGCAGACCACAUAUCAUAUC